UGAGAGGCGUCAUUGUUCCAGGACGUCCAGACCUGUUCAGACUCCCUCCAUCCUCUGGUUUUCCUUCCUCUGGUUUUCCUUCCUGUGUUUCCUGCAGCCAUGAGUCUGAGUCGGACCAAGAGGAUCAGCUCCAGCAGCUCCGUCCGCUGCAGCAGCGGCUCCCGGCGGUUCAGUGGCUUCGCUCCGGCUUCGGGGCCGUUCAGCGGUGUGUCGCUCAGCACCAGCUCCCUGUUCGCCGGUGCCAGCGGGCCCCAUGGCGGGCUGGGGGCCUCGCUCACCUCGCUGUCGGUCAACAAGAGCCUGCUGGCCCCACUGAACCUGGAGAUCGACCCCAACCUGUCCAUGAGCCGAGCGCACGAGAAGGAGCAGAUCAAGAGCCUCAACAACCGCUUCGCUAGCUUCAUCGACAAGGUGCGUUUUCUGGAGCAGCAGAACAAGAUGCUGGAGACGAAGCUGGAGUUGCUGCAGUCUCAGAGCGUGAGUCGCUCCAACGUGGAGCCGCUGUUCGAGGCCUACAUGGCGGUGCUGCGGCGGCAGAACGACCUGGUGAACAACGACAAAACCAAACUGGACGGGGAGCUGAGGAACAUGCAGGGCCUGGUGGAGGACUUCAAGCACAAAUACGAGGAGGAGAUCAACAAGCGAAACAACCUGGAGAACGACUUUGUCAUCCUUAAGAAGGAUGUAGACUCGGCCUACCUGGUCAAAGCAGAUCUGGAGGAUAAGGUUGGCGCUCUGACCGAUGAAAUUAACUUCCUGCGCAGCGUCUACGAGGAGGAGCUGCGUGAGCUGCAGGCCAGCAUCAGAGACACGUCGGUGGUGGUGCAGAUGGACAACAGCCGCAGCCUGAACAUGGAGCAGAUCGUCGUGGAAGUCAAAGCCCAGUAUGAGGAAAUCGCCGCCCGCAGCAGAGAGGAAGCCGAGGCCUGGUACAAGAGCAAGUUUGACCAGAUGUCCGUCCAAGCCAGUCAGUUUGGAGACGAGCUUCGCAUCGUGAAGGGAGAGGUCGCCGAGGUCAUCCGGCUGAUCAGCCGUCUGCAGAGCGAGAUCGAAGCUGUGAAAGCCCAGCGAGCCGGAUUGGAAAACCAGCUGGCUGAAGCAGAGGAGCGAGGAGAGCUGGCGGUGAAAGAGGCUAAAGCUCGAAUCCGAGACCUGGAGGACGCUCUGCAGAGAGCCAAGCAGGACAUGGCCCGGCAGCUGAGGGAGUACCAGGACUUGAUGAACCUGAAACUGGCUCUGGACAUCGAGAUCGCCACCUACAGGAAGCUGUUGGAGGGAGAGGAGGACAGACUCGGGCAGCAGUCCAUCCUGAACAUCCAGGCCGUCUCCAGCCCCGUUCCUAAAUACAGUAACGGCUACCAAAGCAGCAGCAGCAGCAGCAGCUCUCCGGCUCCGAAGCUGCUCAUCAAAACCAUCGAGACCAGAGAUAACUCCAGAUACAGCUCCCACUGAUUCCCAUGCAGAAAUCAGCAACUUUUAUAUAAAAUAUCUGAUAUUUAGCUCAUAUAAACUUAGAAAUAGAACUGGGAAGCAUGGUUUGUUAUGGUAUGUUUUAGUAGCACAACAACAAUUUAGGGCAACUAUUACUUAAAUUUAACUCAGUAAUAUAUGAAGAAUAUAUACAGGAGAUAAACUUAGAGUGUAAUGACAGUCAGCUCCUUGGUAAAUGAAUUCAUCUAAUAAUCAUCUUUAGGCAGAAGUGUAAUCAUGGAUUUGACUGAAUUUAUUUUAAUUAUCUGGUAAUUCACAAAUAAAAAUAAUUUUUACAGGUGAGUUGUGCUUUUUUCUUAAAUACAUAGAUAAAAUGUUAGAGAUAUUUAAUUUGGAAACAGGGUGGUAUUAUCACUGAUUUAAUUCAAUAAAUGGAGUUAUUUGAUAAGAAAACAGAUGAUUUCUUCCUAUAAUCUGAUGUAAGGGAACAUUAUUUGAGACAAUAAAUAAAAUCUAAGAA